AUGGCCACCCCGGCAUUGCUCACUGCUGUUGACUCGGUCAACCAUGUCCACUUGAUUGUUGGAUCCAACCCUCUGGCUGGUGCACGUUGCAACAGAGCACUCGAAGUUGGUGCAGUACCCAAGAUCAUCGCACCCGAAGACGCCCAAAUACACUAUGCACUGGCAAAGAAGAUUGAGGACGGCAAGGUGGAAUGGAUCAAGAGAGAGUUCCAGGACACAGACUUGACGAGUCUUGGAAGAGAUGAGGUGGACAACGUUGUGGAUGCCGUCUUUGUCACGACGGCAGGCAAAGGUGCUCUGGGUAUAUCCAUCUCUACACUCUGCCGCAGACUGAGAAUCCCCGUCAACGUUGCCGACGCUCCGAACCUUUGCACCUUCACCCUGUUAUCUACACACUCGUCAGGUCCUCUGCAGAUUGGUGUCACAACGUCCGGCAAGGGCUGUAAACUGGCCUCUCGCAUUCGACGUGAGAUUGCCGCUGCUCUACCCUCUGAUCUCGGUACUGCUGUCGAAAGACUCGGUAUGAUCCGUCGUCGUAUCUGGGAGGAGGACCACGCUAGCGAAUUGGCUAUGGACUUGGAGGCCGAAGAGGAGGAUGCUGGACAGAAUGCUCAAUUCAACAAGCUCAUCACACCUACCGACCUCGAGGCUGCCAAAACCAGACGUAUGCGCUGGCUUUCUCAGAUCUGCGAGUAUUGGCCGCUACGCCGUUUGGCUGCCAUUACCGACGCCGAUGUUGAUGCUGUCUUGGCUUCAUAUAGCCAGGAAGCUGCUAUUGAAGCCAGUACUCCUCUGCUCAGUCCUGGAACUCUUGACUCCAGAACCCGCAAAGGUCGCAUCAUUCUGGCUGGAUCUGGUCCUGGUCAUCCGGAUCUCUUGACUGGACUGACGUUGAAGGCGAUUCGUGGUGCCCACGUUAUUCUUGCCGACAAGCUGGUCCCAGCCCCAGUUCUUGACCUGAUCCCUAGACGCACGCCUGUCCACAUUGCGAGAAAGUUCCCUGGAAAUGCCGAGGCCGCUCAAGAAGAGCUUCUGUCUCUCGGCCUUGCAGCAGCAAAGAAGGGUCAAACAGUCCUUCGCCUGAAGCAGGGAGACCCUUACCUGUAUGGACGUGGUGCUGAGGAGUAUGACUUCUUCCGCCGUGAAGGCUUCGAAGUCAGUGUGUUGCCCGGCAUUACCUCUGCUCUCAGUGCUCCCUUGUUCGCCAAGAUUCCUGUCACCCACCGUGCUGUUAGUGAUCAAGUUUUGAUCUGCACUGGUACUGGUCGUAAGGGAGCUGCCCCUGACCCACCUGCCUACCUGGCAAAUCAGACUUGCGUAUUCCUCAUGUCUCUGCACAGACUCAGCGCUCUCAUUGACAGUCUCGUUGCCGAAGGCAAGAACUACCCCAAAACCACGCCUUGCGCAGUCAUCGAGCGAGCAAGUUGCACCGACCAGAGGGUCAUUCGCACCACACUUGAAUACGUAUGUGCCGCAGUCGAAGAAGAGGGCUCGAGACCGCCCGGCCUUCUCGUUGUUGGUCUUGCGUGCGAGGUAUUGGAGAAGAACCACCAGAAGUGGGUUGUCGAAGAGGGUUUCACUGGCUUUGACAACCUGGGCGAGGGAAGUCUCGAGGAGCUGAGUGCUGAACUCCGCGGUGAGGUCCUGGCUUGA